AUGACUGUAGCAAUGGACAACUCAUUUCGUAGCUGGUCCUCGAAUGCUAACACCGGGUCUCUGUGUCUCGAGGACAAGUAUGAGAUCAUCAAGGACAUCGGUGAUGGCAGCUUCGGAAGUGUCGUCCUCGCAAGGACAAGGAGCGCUGGCGCUCACCUCGUACGAAGAAACACUUUGGUACGUCGAUCCUUUAACGUCGAUACCUUUAGGUCACGUCUAACCAAACCUUAUAGNGUUGCUGUCAAGACUAUGAAGAAAACAUUCGAAUCUUUCUCACAGUGUAUGGAUCUCAGAGAGGUCAUCUUCCUCAAGUCAAUACCAGCUCACCCUCAUCUUGUACCGGCUUAUGACAUCUUCCUGGAUCCUCUCAGCAAGAAGUUGCACAUCGCCAUGGAGAACAUGGAUGGCAACCUUUACCAGCUGAUGAAGACGCGGGACCACAAGCCUUUUGAUGGCACUGUUGUUAAAAGCAUCUUGUUCCAGAUCCUCGGCGGCCUGGAGCAUAUUCAUGAGCACGGCUUCUUCCAUCGCGACAUCAAACCGGAAAACAUCCUGGUCUCCUCCUCGGCACCCGACACUCAAAGCGCUUUCAAGCGAUACUCGGCGCUAGUGACACCACCCUCGACACCNCCUACCUACACAAUCAAGCUUGCCGACUUUGGACUGGCAAGGGAAACUCACUUCAUGGUCCCAUACACAACAUAUGUCUCCACGAGAUGGUACCGUGCACCUGAAGUACUCCUAAGAGCCGGCCAGUAUUCUGCGCCUGUGGACAUAUGGGCAUUCGGUGCCAUGGCUGUUGAGAUUGCAACCUUGAAGCCUNNCUUCCCAGGUGGCAACGAAGUCGACCAGGUUUGGAGAGUGUGUGAGAUCAUGGGAAGCCCCGGUCUUUGGGUCAACAAACAUGGUCAGAAGCUGGGUGGUGGAGAGUGGAAAGACGGCGUACGCCUAGCUGGCAAGCUUGGAUUCUCCUUCCCGAAAAUGGCCCCUCAUCCCAUAGAGACGAUUCUCCAAGCACCCCAAUGGUCCGCAAGUUUCGCACGAUUCAUCACCUGGUGUCUGAUGUGGGACCCUAACGUUCGACCAACUUCGACACAAGCCCUUCAACACGAAUACUUCGCUGAUGCAGUCGACCCUGUGAGACCCAAGUCAUCAAACACCGCCAAAUUCCUCCGCAGCAAGAGCUCUACUUUGGGUAGCCUCGAGAGCUCGCCAGAAUCUAACCAAGGCAGUAUUCAGCUCAAGAAGUCAUCGUGGUUCAGAAAAUCAAUCAGCACUACAGACUUCACGCCACCCCCAGAGCACGCACCCCAAGCUCCCACCUCCCAUCCUUCACCCAUCAAUGCUCGAGGGGUUGAAGGCACUGGUUCGAUCAAACUUCGCCCUCCGUUCGCCAAGAGAGCAACAUGGAACAGUGCCGUACCAAUACCUAUUUUGCCAUCCAUCAAGCCAGUCUCGCCGAUACAUGACGUUGUGACUGCCAGCGCGAAGACUGAAGCUAUCGAGAAAAAGAAGAUCUCAAGACAGUUAUCUGUCAACUCGCACGGCAAUCACUACGCAGAGUACCACCGCCAGGAAGCCGAAAAGGCUCUCAACGGCAUGACCGGGCUNGCUUCACCUACUGGAAGCAUCAGAGAAAGCUUCUUCNNUCAUCUUCGCAAACGGGCCCGUAGAUUCUCUGGUCGUAACCAAAUCCCAGGAUCACCAGGACCCGAGGAGCCAGAAUCCACAAGUGUCGGGUGUGCACCUUGGGUAUCAAGCAACCGGUCAUCGAUGUCCGUAGAGCCUCCUGCCCGCGACUCUUCCGCCGACACAGGGUUCUCAGAACUCGACAAGGCUUUAGAGAGCGUUCGCUCUAGCCUUGAUGCUCGCGCAUCGAAUGCGCCCGCUAGACAAGUCCAACGCAUGUCAAGCACGCCCAUUCUCAAACGACACCAUUCGUUGUCCACAGUCGCCGAUGGACGUACCUCGCCUGCACUUUCUGUUAAUGCGCAGACUACCAGCCGAACGCGAAGAUCAAUCAGGCAAUCGUUAAACCCUCGUCAAAGAUACGAAACUCCUGACGAAGAAGAGGAGUUGCUUGACGAGGCAUUGACCAACGCGCGUCGGGCAGCAAGACGUCUUGAAAAGCCCACCCCAACGAAGCCGUCCUCGGGCAAGGAGAACACCCGACCUCCCAUUACACACGUGACCUCGGAUCCUGGCUACUCAGCUCCCUACUUAACACCCUCCCCGUCCAAAGACAACAACAUUGGUUUUGGUCAAACGGACAUAACUCCUACCAAGUCCAUGGUCAUCACACCGCGGAGGCAGCGCGACAGUCUGAAUCCUCAAUGGCCAACACCUCCCUAUGACGAUCAUGAAUGGGCUUCAUCGGCCGCAGCAUCCAUCCUUGCUGUGCAAUCGGAUAAGCUCAAGUAA